GCGAUUAAGCGUUAUUUACUACUUGGUCAAGGUGAUUUUGUCCAAUACUUGAUGGAUAUUGUAGGGCCUAAGCUUUCUGAGCCAGCAAAUAAUAUAAGUUCAUUUGAGCUAGCUGGGUUUCUUGAGGCUGCAAUACGAGCAUCAAAUGCGCAGUAUGAUGACCGUGACAUGCUAGACAGAUUGAGGGUGAAGAUGAUGCCUCAUGGCAGUGGAGACAGAGGCUGGGAUGUAUUCUCAUUGGAAUAUGAGGCAAGGGUUCCAUUAGAUACCGUGUUUACUGAGUCUGUUUUGUCCAAAUACCUGAGAGUGUUCAAUUUUCUCUGGAAGUUGAAACGGGUAGAGCAUGCUCUUAUCGGAAUUUGGAAGACCAUGAAACCAAAUUGCAUCACUUCUAACUCAUUCGUUAAGCUCCAAACUUCAGUGAAGUUGCAAUUGCUCUCAGCCCUGAGGCGGUGCCAGGUCCUUUGGAAUGAAAUGAACCAUUUUGUUACUAACUUUCAGUAUUACAUCAUGUUUGAGGUAUUGGAGGUGUCAUGGUCUAAU